UGUACUGGUCGGCACACAUGGGCGGGUCAUGGUCAGGCCACGCCCAUACAACUGUCUCUGGCUCCGCCCGCUCUAACCUGCACGACCCGGAAGAGAAACACAUAAUAGCUAGCAGUGGUACGGGGGCAUUUAAAUUGUGCCGGGUGUCAGAGUGCAGCGGCAGCGGGAGUGUGCUACGACUAGUUAAAAUGGACCACUCAACGUAUUCAAAAGCUAACCAAUGUCCAACAUCGAAAGAAGGUUCAAGUUGGAUAGGGGUACAGCAGAAAAAUGCUUAUGCUAAGCUGGUGCAGCAACAUCACAGUGGACGCUUCAAAUUCUACUUGAACUAUAUAGCGCAGAAAUUACAGAUAGAAGAGAGCAGUCGUGGGGAUGUUGUCUGUGACAGAGAUCCUGUUUUUGUUGGAGGAUGUCAAGAAGGUCCAGGAAGAAAUGGAAUGAGUGCUUAUGGCAAUUCCAAGACUUAUUCCUCUUGCGAGAAAACAAGUUGUUCAAAGGUUGAAAACCGCUCUGAUGUCAUAGAUGGAGUAGAUGAUACCUGCCACCAUGGCAGAGAGUCCACAGAUGAUGGAGAUUUUGAGCUCAGAGGAGUAACACAUUCUUCUCAAAAUAUACCUACCAUCGCCAGCACCAACCUGCAGUCUUCAAAGGGGAACUGUACUUUUGAGAGUAAAAAGGAAUGUGAGCCUGGGAAGCAUGUGCCAAAGUCUCAGACUUUCUCUAAGAGCAUCUGCAGAGAACUACUUUCAGAAGGUGCUGACAAGCGAGGAUUUUCCAGGAUCAGAAACCAGUCGGAGUGUGCCAGCUCACCCCCAAGUGUGGAUAGGAAGCGGCAGCUUUCAGAAUCCCUCAGUGAGAGUAUGAAUAACGCACAAUUUGUAGUAAACCCGGUCCAGACUGGAAUCACAAGAGGUACAAAUCGCAGUUCUGGCUCCACCCCUGGUGAUAAAAAACGUAACAAAGGACGGAAAAGAAACAUCUUUGAAGAUUACUUGCCUAUAGAGGAAGUAUCUGCAGGGUUGAAAAGAGGACAACUAAUUCAAGGUUCCUUGAGGAUUAAUCCUAAGAAAUUCCAUGAAGCGUUCCUGCCGUCACCGGAUGGCCUGAGAGACAUAUUUAUUGAUGGUGUGGUUUCCAGGAACCGGGCUCUGAAUGGUGAUGUGGUGGUUGUGAAGCUGCUUCCUCAAGAGCAAUGGAAGGUAUUAAAACCAGAAGUCGCUGAUGGCGUAAGAGCAUCGUUUUCGCCUGCUUUGAAAGAUACAGUACAACAGACUACAGCUAUAAAUGUCUUAGAGGGUGCUGGGAGCCCAGAUCUCAUCAUAGAGGCACAGUUUGACAGUGGCGCCGAGGAAGAGAGUUGUAAUAGAUUAGCUAGUGAUGUGACGAGGCUUUCUCUUGGAAAUGAAACUGAAGACACACCAGAAAAAGAUGGGCAGAAGAAAGUGGCUGCUAACAAUACUGAUCCCAGCACUCUGCCAGACGAUGGCUUCCAGAAAACUGCAAAGGUUGUUUAUAUAUUGGAGAAAAAACAUUCAAGAGCUGCCACAGGCUUUAUUAAACCAAUGGCCGACAAGAGUGGGGACCUUGCUAAGAAGUAUGCUUUCUUUUCACCUGUGGACCAUAGACUACCACGAAUACACGUUCCACUUGUUGACUGCCCUGCAGAUUUUCUGACCAGACCUCAAGAUUUCACCAGCACACUUUUCAUCUGCCGCAUCACUAACUGGAGAGAGGACAGCAACUUUGCUGAGGGGAAGCUGAUGAAGAGCCUUGGCCAGGCCGGUGAAAUUGAGCCGGAGACUGAGGGGAUAUUAACAGAGUAUGGUGUGGAUUUCUCAGAAUUCUCCAAUGAUGUGCUACAGUGUCUACCCCAGAAUCUGCCAUGGACUAUUCCUCAGGAAGAGUUAGAGAAACGGAAGGAUCUGAGGAAGGAGUGUGUCUUCACUAUUGAUCCUGCCACGGCUAGAGACCUGGAUGAUGCCCUAUCCUGCAAGCUGCUCCCAGAUGGUAACUUUGAAGUGGGAGUUCAUAUUGCAGACGUGAGCUAUUUUGUCAAAGAAGCGAGUGUACUUGAUGUAGUGGCCAGUGAGCGAGCCACCAGUGUAUAUUUGGUCCAAAAGGUGAUCCCAAUGUUACCUAGGCUUCUAUGUGAAGAGCUGUGCAGCCUUAACCCGAUGGCAGACAGACUUACUUUUUCUGUUAUAUGGAAAAUCACUCCAGAGGGAAAGAUUCUAAAAGAGUGGUUUGGCCGAAGUGUUAUCUGCUCGUGUGUGAAGCUAAGUUACGACCAUGCGCAAAGCAUGAUUGAGAAUCCAGGUAAACUGCUCUGCGCAGAUGAGUUGCCCCCAAUUUCUCCUCAACAUACAAUUGAUGAGAUCCACCAGGCUGCACUCAAUCUCCAUCUGAUAGCACAAAAUUUACGCAAACAGCGGUUUGAGGAGGGUGCCUUGAGAUUGGACCAGCUGAAACUAUCAUUCACAUUGGAUAAAGAAAGUGGGAUGCCUCAAGGAUGCUACAUUUACAAGUACAGAGACAGUAACAAACUGGUGGAAGAGUUCAUGCUGCUUGCAAACAUGGCAGUUGCUCACAAGAUUUACCGCCACUUUCCGGAGGAGGCUCUGCUUCGCCGUCAUCCACCUCCGCAGACCAAGCUGCUGAAUGACCUGAUUGAAUUCUGUGACCAAAUGGGACUUCACAUAGACUUCACGGAUUCUGGCACUUUGCAUAAAAGCUUGAAUGAUCAGUUUGGGACUGAUGAGUACGCCACUGCACGCAAGGAGGUCCUAACCAACAUGUGCUCCAGACCUAUGCAGAUGGCAGUAUAUUUCUGUACUGGAGCCCUUAGAGAUGAAGCCCAGUUCAGUCACUAUGCAUUGAAUGUUCCUCUAUACACUCACUUCACCUCUCCUAUAAGACGAUUUGCUGACAUCAUUGUCCACCGGCUUCUUGCUGCAUCUAUUGGAAGUGGGCCACCAGUGACAUUGCCACAGGCAGCUAUACAGACCCAGGCGGAUCGCUGUAAUGAUCGCAAAACUGCAUCCAAGAGGGUGCAGGAAUUAAGCGCAGAUCUUUUUUUCUCUGUGUUUGUAAAGGAGUGCGGCCCAUUGGAGUCUGAAGCAAUGGUUAUGGGGGUCUUAAACGAAGCGUUUGACGUUUUGGUUCUAAGAUAUGGUGUGCAGAAGCGGAUCUACUGUAAUGCCCUGCCUCUGCUGAGCUCACACUUCCAGCAGGUGGGAAAAAAGCCUGAGCUGACACUUGUAUGGAAGCCAGAGCACGAUGGAGAUGAACCAGUGCAACAGGUAAUUAGCAUCUUCACCCUAUUAGAAGUGGUCCUGAAGUCGGAUAACGUGCCUUUGAAGUAUGUGGCACUACUGAAAAGACCAGGGGCAACAAACUGAGCUCUCUGGACCAAAAAGAAGAAAUGACAUGGUGUGAAGAGGACUUCUCCUGCUCCGGCAUUUUCAUCCUAUACUUCCCAAAGCAAACCUCCUUUUCUUUUUAUAUUAGCUUGCAGUGAUAUACUUUCCAUCUGUUUAAUCCUGCUCACUACUGGCCAUUUACUAGAUCAAGGUUUAGCUAGUUUGAUUAUUCCCCAGUACAAUUUUAUUUCACAUUUUUGGUUUGGCCAGGAGCGUGGAUUUGGAGUGGUGGAGUAUCUUAAACUUUGAUUUUAUGGUUUUUAUUUUUCUUCGUUUUUUCUUUUAAUGGCGAAAGUGGCAGCUUUGUUCCCUGUAACCCCAAAUACAUGAGAUAACCAAUGUGGCCUGCGACUGAAUUAACUAUUCACAUUUUUAGAUUAUUUUUUUAAAAUGUUUUAUUUGUGUAUGAGUUGGUUAAUGGCCGGAGACUGGUAACAAAAGGCUUGUCCAGAUUUUAACAAAAUGUUUACAUCCCUAGAGUUUGCACUAUAACUGAGCGGUUUCUGUGAAGUUACCAAAGUUUAUGAUGUAACAGAACUAAUUUCAUGUGAAUACAUUUCUAGAAAGUGCACGUUAUUCCUACAGUAGGUGAUGGGCAGAUGAGUUACAUCCUAGAAUUCUCAGCAUCUCUGCACAUUUUAUGGAAUUUGUUUUAAUUAUUAAUAGCUGAUUUAGAAUCAUAAUUAACUCACUGGAGUAAACUUACGAAGAUGGGAAUUCUAUUUAAGAUGGGAUGUUGCCCAUAGCAAACAAUUAGAUUCCAGGUAUUACAUUCUAGAAGGUACUACAUAAAUGGGAAGUAGAAUUUGAUUGGUUGCUAUGGGCAACAUUCCAUCUUAAAUAGAAUUCCCAUCUUAGUAAAUGUACCCCACUGUUUUCAUUCACCUAGAAUCUAGAUGGUUGUGUAUACAUGAGCUUGACUGGUGGUUAUUUAUUUUUUUAAUCCAUGGAACAUGUCAGAUGGUGCUUAUAAUUUGCAAAUCGGUUUAUGAAGCAGUAGCUGAGUUCUAGAAUAGUAUAUUCUCCUGGUAGAUAUUCUAGUCCGAGAUUCAAUAAAAAGAUCUGCACUUUG